GGAAAAAAAUUAGAGAGAAAACGAAAACUCUUGGGGAGCUCUUACUUCACCGGAACCUCGCCGCUCCUUUCCUCCUCUCCAAAACCCCUCGCCGCCGCCGACGGAGCUCCUGGGCCACGCUGUCUCACGGCCGGAAUGUCGCACCAGCCGUACGAUCCCUACUACCCGGCAGUCGCGCCUCCGAUGCAGGACUACGGCGCGGGCUUCGCCGGCGGGGAAAAGGGGCUGAUCAACACGCUCUUCGUCUCCGGACUCCCCGACGACGUGAAGGCGCGCGAGAUUCAUAACCUCUUCCGCCGUCGCCCGGGUUUCGACUCCUGCCAGCUCAAGUACACCGGCCGUGGUAAUCAGGUGGUUGCUUUUGCUACAUUUUUCAACCAUCAAUCAGCUAUAGCAGCAUUGCAUGCCUUAAAUGGCGUCAAAUUCGAUCCCCAAAGUGGAUCCAGUUUGCAUAUAGAGCUAGCCAGAUCCAACUCAAGGCGAAAACGUAAACCAGGUAGCGGACCUUAUGUUGUUAUAGAUAAUAGAAGUAAUGAGGCAUCAGAUGCACGAGAACCUUCAAGUAAUGAUGAUGGAGACUCUGAAUCAGAGGAUCCUUCCAAGGAUGAUAAUCAUGAAUCCGGCAAUGAGGAUGAUUCAGAGACUGCAAAAAGUGGUGAGACAACAGGUGCUGAUGGCACUGCAGCGGUCGAGAAUCUGUCAGAGAAGCCUGUGGAUGGGAAUGUCAAUCCAUGUUCGACUUUGUUUAUAGCGAACCUGGGUCCAAAUUGCACGGAGGAAGAACUGACACAGGCGCUCUCCCAAUAUGCUGGAUUCAAGAUGGUUAAAAUACGUGGCCGAAGCGGAAUGCCUGUUGCGUUUGCUGAUUUUGAGGAAAUCGAGCAAGCUAGCAAGGCCAUGGAGGAGCUUCAGGGUAGCCAGUUAGCAUCAUCGGACCGUGGUGGCAUGAACAUAGAGUAUGCGAGGUCCAAAAUGAGGAAGCAUUAGAAAUCAGGGAAGAGGAUGACAAAGCUUCUCGAUUCGUCAAAAUUCAGCCAAAUGAUGCAUGAAGCACAACUGAAAGUUUUGCUGUGAUUUUUUUUUUUUUUUUAAUAUGGUUUUAUGGCUGUAAUAUCUUUUGGCGUUUCCAGUAUGAUAGAAUCAUUUUCUGUUUACUACCUUCCUUUAGUCAACACUAUUGUACCAUAACCAUUUUGAUAUUUCUUACCUUUGUUUUUGUUUGGUAAAAUGUUUUCCUCCGUCUUAUAACUUAAAA